AAUGGGAGAAAGAAUUGGAGCUUUUGAUGGUUCUGCAGCGUAACCCACACGUGUCUGUUGAAAAGACUGUAUUAAUUUCAGGAAGAGAGAAACCAAUGUCUGCGGCUCAUCGACAGAGACAACACUGCAAACCAACAAAGAGUUCCGAAUCAAAAACUGAAACAGAAAGUCUUUUCAUUUCCUCUUAUGUCCCAUUAAAAAUUUCCCCUUUCUGUCUCCAGACCACGCCCCCAACCACCGCCACCUCAACCGCCAAUCCCCACCAAAGAAUCCUUGUAAAGAAACAAAAUUUCCCUAGAAAACAAGAGAAUUUUUCGUUGUUUUCCCUUUCUUUCUCUCUUCCUAAUGUGUGGAUCAAAGAAAAGCAUAGAGGUAAUCCAACCGAGAUCUUCCAAAAGACCAUCUUUUUCAUCCUCAUCUCAAACACCCAAAACCUCAAAAUCCGUCUCUUCUUUAUCAGACCCAUCCAGCAGCACUUCCGCAGCCAACAAUUUGGUUCUUUCUUCAAGCUACUUCUUAGACAACUCUUCCAGCUACUCGACCUCAAGCCAAAUCUCCAGAACUCUCUCAACUUUCAAAGCCUCUCUCCCUGAAAACCCCCACAUCUAUAACUUCUCAGACAUUUGCUCGGCCACAGACAACUUCCUUGCUAAACGUUUUUCUUCUUCCUCUUCAUCAUCGUCAUGGCUCUGCAACCUUCAAGGCAAACGAGUUGUCAUUUUCCAAAGAAAAUUGAGACGUGCGAUUGAGUUAGAUGACUUGGUUCACAAGUUAUCACUCAUUUGUAGGAGUCAUCAUAGUAGUUUAAUCAAGCUUUUGGGUGUUUCUCUGUCAGGGAAUUAUAUUUAUCUUGUUUAUGAAUAUGUACAAGGAGCUAACCUUAGAGAUUGUUUAAGAAACCCCAAGAACCCAAGUUUUACUAUACUUUCUACUUGGAUUUCUCGUAUGCAAAUUGCUGAUGGUAUUGCUCAUGGCUUGGAUUAUAUUCACCAUUGUUCAGGUCUUGAAACUAGCUUCACUCAUAACCAUAUAAAGAUCUCAAGUAUUUUAGUAGCUGAAGAUUCUUUAAGAGCCAAAAUUUGUCAUUUUGGCACUGCUGAGCUAUGUGGGGAAGUGGCAAAAGAGGAGGGGUCAAAAAGUCUUAAGAGAUCAAACAGUAAAGUUAUGAAGAUUGAAGGAACAAGAGGGUACAUGGCACCUGAGCUUCAGUUUAGUGGUUUGGUGACACAGAAAUGUGACGUUUAUGCAUUUGGGGUCGUGGUUUUGGAGCUUUUGAGUGGACAGGAAGCCUUAAAGUAUUCGGUUGAUGAAGAAAAUGGAGGGUAUAAGAGAGUGAGUGUUAUAGAUACUGCUAGGGAGGCGGCGGCCGGAGGCAGUGCAGGGGUGAGGAGGUGGGUGGAUAGGAGGUUUAAGGACUCCUUUCCAGUGGAUGUGGCAGAGAAGAUGGUUUUGGUGGCAUUGGAAUGUGUGGAGGAAGAUCCAGGAAAAAGGCCUGAUAUGAAUAAGGUUGCAGGGCAGGUUUCAAAGUCGUAUUUGGAGUCUAAGAACUGGGCUGACAAGAUUGUUUUGCCUACUGAUAUCUCAGUCUCAAUGGCUCCAAGGUAAUUAUACAAAUUGAUUGCGGCUUUUGUUUUUUUUUUCUUAUGAGCAAAUUCUUUGGGGUUGUCAGUUUGAUCAGUAAUGAGAGUUAGUAGAGUUAUUUUUUUUGUUCUUUUAGCUUUACAAAUUCAUGAUUCUUCUCAACAACUUGAGGUACCUGUACAUAUUUGUACCUUUUGUGAAUCUAUACAGAGAGCAGUUUUUUUAGACUUAAGUUCAUUUUGUGGGAGAGAUUUUGGUAUAGGAUUUUGUGAAACUAGGUUCAUUCUUAAUAAUUGUUAUGCAAACAAGAUUUUCUGCUUCAGUUAGUGCUGUCUGUUACUGAAAAUGGUACUAGUGUAUUGACUGCUUCAGACAGUUUUUUGGAGUGCA